AUGAACGCAAGAAGCAUGGCCAGCGGCAUAUCCUCAGGCUCCCACAACUCGAAGGCUCCCACGUCCGUCCCUACGACCGCUGCACACGGUGCCGACCACCCACGAAGAAUGACAUCGACCAUUCGCGCCGUUCAGAAUCAGGACGACCGGGGGCGGCCAUCCUUUGACGACGAUGCCCCCCUGGAGUGGUCAUCGUCGGCCAUGCACACCGGCUCGACCCUCUCCAGCUCACUAGACAGCAACGACAGUGCCCCUGCACGGCGGGGCCCCUACGCCAACGGUGGCGAUUCACGGAAUAGUAUGACGCUCAGGCCAGGAGACUCGACGGGGACGUUGGGAAACCCAGAGACGCCGUCGAGGACCCCAAGCCCAGGAAACGGGGCGGCCUUUGAAGUUCCAAGGAGAGAGAGCAGCCUUGGUAUGACGAGACAGGCGGGGAGAUUUCCCCCUGGGAACAACGCCAGCAACGGCGCCGCCAGGACAUCGGCCCCUGAUGAGGGCAACGACGGCGUCGGCCUGAGCGCAACGGAAGCGCAGCUGUCAAAUGGCUGGGAUUCUACGGUCGGCAAGGCCGCGCUUAGCGGCAAGACGGGCAGGGUAAUCAACCGCCUUGUCUCCGACAACGAGGUGCUCAAACGGGACAUCAAGAUUGAGAAGCUCAAGGCGGAGGAGUUCAGGCAACAAGCACGGCUCGUCGAGGACAAGAUGGAGAGGACCAUGGCCGAGUACGAGAGUCGCCUGCUCGAGGCCAACGUGACCAAGGCGCUCCUGUCGAGGAAAGAACGGCAGGUCGAAAGCCUGCAGGCGGCCGUCGAGCUCGAGAAGCAGCGGACGUCGGAUGCUCGCGAAAAAGAACGAACGUGGCGUGAUGAGAUGGACAAGGUGCGCGGCGAUUCGAAGCGACAAGUAGAGCAGGCCACCACCCAGGCUGCCCUCAUGGAGGGGCGCUACAACGCCAUCAGCGGCCAUUGGAAAGAGCAAGGCGAUGAGGUGAACAAGGCGCUGGCGCGCGUACGCGGCGAGAUGGCGACACUGCUGGAAGAGAGAGCAGUGGACGACGACAAGAUCAAUACGCUCCGGGACCUGUGCGAUCAGCAGGACGGGAACAUCAGGGACCUUCUGCGCCAAAACGCCGAUGUGACGCGCAAGUUUGAAGAGUACAAGGCGGAACAGGAAAGGGCGCUGUUCGAUAUCAAGACAAAGGCUGCAGAAAGAGAGGCGGAGCAACUACGGACACUAGAGGAGACAAGAGAGGUGCUCCACAAGCUGCGGUGGGCGCUAAACGUCAAAGAGAACCUCCGCGAAGACAAGUAG